AUGCUUCUACUAGCGCUUUUUUUUGUGGUGAAAACCACUUCUGCUCUUGAAUUUUUCUCCAACACAUUCGCUUUGGCAGAUCAAUGCAGCGGUGUUUGUCAGAAUUUGAAUUUACCAAGACUUGAACUGGAGAAUUAUGAGCAGGUUGUUUGUCAGAGGGGAUGCCGCUUUUUUAACAUACUCAAGUUUAAAGACGAAUUAAACAUUAACAGCACCAAAAAAGAAUGUCAUUUAUCCUGUACUGAAUCUUAUCUGGAAAAAAAGGAAAAUGAUGUUUGUCAAAUUGGUUGUGAUGAAAUGUCCAGAAGAAGACUAGUAGAGAUGACAAACUUCCUGAUAUUAACACAAGAUGAUGAUAACAAUGCCAUUGUAUUAGCUGAACCAGACUUGGAGAUUCUUGAAUCUGAAAUGUCCGAUCCAAGCAUAAAAAGCCAAUUGGAAAUAGGCUUUAAUAUUGAUUACAAAAUCCCUGAAACUAACAUAAGAACGAUGCCCAUACGUUUAUCUGAAACUGAAAUAGUCAAAACAGAAAGCAGCGACUGGUUGGAUUGUGCUUCCAGAAAAUUAGGUAUACCAUCCUGGAUGCUGUUUAUAGCAAUUUUGUCCGCAAUUUUUAGCCUCUUAUGUCUAUACCCCAAACCGGCUAAAGAUGAGCCUAUAGUUGAUGUGGACAUCCCAGAUAUUAAGUUAAUAUUGGAUCCAGAGAUUAUUAUUGAGAAAAGCGAUGUUGAGGUGUGUUUUCAGCUACCUCCUAAGUAUUCAGAAAAAGAUGAAAAUGCCUAA